AUGUCCCACCUGCAGAUGAAACCGAAGAUUACACCACCAUUCUACUAUCGCAAGCACCACCAUGAUGAAGUUUGCAAUCUUAGCCAUCUUGGUUGCCGUGGCUGCCGCUGCCCCACAGUACGGCUAUCCCACCCCUGCCUCGCGAACACCCGCCCCCACACCCCCUCCCACACCCGCCCCACACCCGCCCCCACACCUGGAUACGAAUACCAGGAGCCCCAACAGACCUACCUGGCGCCCGGCACUCGCGCAGAAGGCGGCGAAGAAGCGCCAGAGGAGCCAGAAGAAGCCGUGCCGAUUCUGAAGGACGAGCGCGUGAACAACGAAGACGGAAGCUACACCGUCGACGUCGAGACUGGCAACGGCAUCGUCACCUCGGAGGCUGGCUCGCCCAACGGUGAAGGCGCCGUCGUCAAGACUGGCCAAUAUUCCUACACCGCCCCUGACGGUUCCGUGAUCGAGGUCAAGUUCAUCGCCGACGAGAACGGCUUCCAGGCGGAGUCCGACGCCCUGCCAGUGGCUCCCGCGUUCCCGCACCCGAUCCCCGACUUCGUCCUCGAGCAGAUCCAGUUCGCGGCUGAGGAGGACGCGCGCAUCGCCGCUGAAGCCGAAGCCGCACUGAAAACAGCUGAAGCGCCAUCGAACCUGUACGAGAGGCCGCAGUAAAGAAGGCUUAAACGAAAACGCCAUUGAAACUUCUUUUGUAUUAGGUAUAUUUACGAAAAAGGCAAGUCUGCACACAACACAAAAUUAGUGCCAGAACUAAUGUUAACUACGGAAAGAUGAAUAAAAGUAUCUCCUACA